AUGUCUGGUUUCUUGACCGACUUCAUGAUGGGUGGUGUUUCGGCCGCCGUCUCGAAGACGGCUGCCGCCCCCAUUGAGCGUGUGAAGCUCCUCAUCCAGAACCAGGAUGAGAUGAUUAAGCAGGGCCGUCUCUCCGGCCCCUACAAGGGUAUCGGUGACUGCUUUAUCCGCACGUACCAGAACGAGGGCCUUGCCUCGCUGUGGCGCGGUAACACUGCUAACGUCAUCCGUUACUUCCCUACUCAGGCCCUGAACUUCGCCUUCAAGGACUACUUCAAGGCCCUCUUCCGUGUGCCUAAGGAGGCUCCUUACUGGAAGAAGUUCAGCUCGAACAUUGCUUCGGGUGGUGCCGCUGGUGCCUCUUCGCUCGUCUUCGUGUACUCGCUCGACUACGCCCGUACUCGUCUCGCUAACGAUGCCAAGUCGGCUGCCAAGGGUGGUGAGCGCCAGUUCAACGGUCUCAUUGAUGUCUACCGCAAGACGAUGGCCGUCGACGGUAUCAUGGGUCUCUACCGUGGUUUCAUUCCCUCGGUCGUGGGUAUCGUUGUGUACCGUGGUCUCUACUUCGGUCUGUACGACUCGCUUAAGCCCAUCCUCCUGCCCGGUAAGCUCUCGGAGAACUUCCUUGCCUCGUUUUUCCUUGGUUGGGGUGUCACGACGACUGCUGGUCUUGCCUCGUACCCUCUCGACACUAUCCGCCGUCGUAUGAUGAUGACCUCGGGUGGUGGUGUUGCCUACAAGAGCAUGUUCCACGCUGCUUCGUCGAUCAUUGCUGCUGAGGGUGCCUUCUCGCUCAUGAAGGGUGCCGGUGCCAACAUUCUCCGUGGUAUUGCCGCUGCUGGUACCAUUGCUGGUUACGACAAGCUUCAGCAGGUGAUGUUCGGCAAGGUCUACAAGGGCGGCUCUGGUUAA